GAGGCGAUUCGUAUAAAUGCUGGAAAAGAGGCAGGAGAUGCAUUAUUCAGUCGAAACAACGGCAUCUACUCAUCGAAAUGUGGAAACUUUUGGCACUGGUUGCCUCCAUGGCCCUUGCAGUAAGCGCCCUAGGGGAGGAGGAGAAAUGGAAUUCUUUCAAGACGAAAUUCGGCCGCUCCUACUCCAGCCUCUUAGAGGACCAAGCACGUUACGCAACUUUUAGGGUCAAUCUGGAAAAAAUCGCCUCCCACAACGCCAAGUAUGAGAAUGGAUUGGUGUCCUACAAAAUGGGAGUGAACAAGUUUGCCGAUCUGACUGUGGAGGAGUUUGCUCAGCGACUUGGACUGAAAGUCGGUCCCCAAACGAACAAAACAUUUUCCCUCCAAGCUGAUGAUGUUCCUGAAGAAAUCAACUGGGUGGAUUUGGGGGCGGUGACGCCUGUGAAAGAUCAGGGCCAAUGUGGAUCAUGUUGGAGCUUCAGUGCUACUGGAGCCAUUGAAGCCCAAUACUUCAUCGCCCACAACCAGCUGGUUUCUCUAAGUGAGCAAAAUCUGGUUGACUGUACGUCCUCCUAUGGAGACUACGGCUGCAAUGGAGGUUUGAUGGACUACGCCUUCAAAUACGUUUGCGAUAAUGGAAUCAUGUCGGAAAGCGACUAUCCCUACUUGGGAAUCGACUCGACAUGCAACUUCGACUCCAGUAAAGCUGUGGUCAAAGUGAAAUCUUUCGUGGAUGUGACCAGUGGAAGCGAGCCUGAGCUCCAAGCAGCUGUGGGUACGGUGGGUCCAGUUUCCAUAGCUGUGGAUGCUUUAGGUUUCCAGCAUUACGAAGAAGGAGUUUUUGAUAAUGAUGCCUGCUUGAAUUCGCGACUUUCCCUAAACCAUGGAAUUCUGGCUGUGGGAUAUGGGACCGAUAAUGGACAGGAGUAUUGGCUGGUGAAGAACUCCUGGGGAGCCGACUGGGGCGAGAAGGGAUUUAUACGAAUGAGCCGGAACAAGGAGAAUCAAUGUGGAGUGGCUACAGCUGCAAGCUAUCCUGUUUUGUAGAAAGGAUUCUUGGUUGUUCUUAGAAGAAAUUGAAUAAAUAUUAAUGCAACCUUA